CCCUGCCAACCAGAACGGCACCGCGCCUGUCCACGACACGUUACCCUCGGCCGCGCCUUCCUCCUCGCCGGCCGCCGCUGAUUCCGCUCCUGCCAAGAAGUUCCGCUUCGGCAUCGUGCGCUGGUUUUACGCCCGCAUGUACGCCUCGUUGUACUCGUUCACCAUCUCCACUAUGCGCCACUUCGACAGCUGGCCUUUCCGCCCCGACAUCAAGUACUUCAGGAUGCUUUCCUUCAUCCAAUUCCUGGGCAUCUUCGCUGUGGGCGCCAUCGUGGUGAUGGGCUGGCUCUACUCCGCGCGCAACUCCAGCUGCGCCAAGUCCGCCAAGACCUGCAACACCUGCCUGGCCGUACACGAGCGCUACUUCGGGUCCGAGGAGCCAAUCUGCACCGCCGUGGAGAAGGCCAUCACCCGCAUUGUUGCCAGCACCCAGGGCACCUGGCUGAACAACGGCGUGCGCGAGGAGCGCUAUUGCAACUUCGACUGCACCGGCACCUUCGCGGUCACCGAUACCUGCCCCCCGGUGACGAAUUGAGAAGGUAGAUAGGGUGGAGCAGGCGUCGGCUGAUUGGACUGUGUGGUAGGAAGGGAUGAGGAAGCAGGUUGGAUACGUCCGGGUGUGGGCGGUUAUGCAGCGAGCGCACGUGGGGUGACUGUGUGUACCUCUUUGCUUGCAAACGUCUAGCCGGGUUGUAGGCGGCAGCUCUGCUUGGCGCAUGACAUGAGAUGCGCGACGCAGUGUUAGUAGCUGACAACGCAUGUAGCAGUUAGUUUGAGCUGGUUAACGAUGGUGUAUGGGCGCAGCUUGACGCCAGCAUUUGGCAUGGGCAGGCUCUACCCAACGUACGAUGGUAGGUAUUCGGCUUACUACGGUUCAAUCACAUGAUUUGCGUACAUCGUAAUGGCUGCAACGGAAACGGGCGAGCCAGGGCACUCAGGCAGUCAUUUCGCCUUCACCGUUUCCU